AUGGUUGGGUGCAGAGGCACCGGCAAGACCUCAUUCGCACACAGCGCGAGUGCACGCUCCAAGGAAGGUCCAUGGCCGUCUGCCCCGACACUAAGCACCCAGUGCCACAAAGUAUGGCUUGAGACUGGUCUACGUGUGGACCUUUGGGAGACACCCACCUGGGAAUUGACUUUGGAUCCUGAGGCUCACUUUGAUCGUGGAUGUGACGCAGUAAUGUUUAUCAUGGACUGUACCAGGCGAGCAACUGUGGAUGAAGUUUUACUCCACUGGCUGCAUGUGGCACGGUACCAUUGUGCUGAAAAGGCACCUUUCCUUUUUAUUGGGGCCAAGAGUGACAGGGACCCGCAGGAGGCGAAGGCUUUAGUGUCACGGCUGGAGAAGUGGCAGCUGCCGGUCAUGAUAGGCAGCUGCUUGGAGCCCAGCUUUGCAGUGGAGGCACUGGAGCAGCUGCAUUAUUUGACCGAACAUGAGGGGCGGCCAAAGAUGCCGCUUCUGGCACGCUUGCCACCCUUGGAGCUGCCUGAGGUGGUGUCCGCACAAGCAGUGCCCGCGCUGGGUCCACCUGCAAGACCUUCCGGUGGUUCUCUUCCAACUGAGUCUGCCCUUCCGUCAUCGUUGUCUGCACCGUCCGCAACAUCUGCUCCAUCUGCACUUGCUUCGUUUACGCCAUCCACUCAUCCCCGCUCCAAGCAGAAGGUUGCUAAAGUGGAGGUUACGCCGAAGUGGCAAAUUGCAGCAGGUGAUCUCACCUACUUCGAGCGGUUGGAUGCAGAGCCUUCCCGUGCCGGGCGCAGUCCUUCCGUCUAUGCAAAGUGGAAAGAUAUGCCGGUGGUUGCGAAGCGUGUGGAGAAGAAGCUUCUGGAUCGACACAGCCAGAAGCACUUCGAACGCUUGCUCUCCGAGUUAAGUGCUAAUCAAUGUCCGCACUUAGCAAAGUUCUAUGGUGCGACCAUGAAUGAAGACCCGGUGGCCCUGGUCAUGGAGUACAUGCCAGGUGGAGACCUGGAACAAUUCCUGAGGAGUAAACGUUUGGACAACCAUCGCCCGUGGAUACCUCCAAGGGACUUGCUCUUCAGCUGGGCUAUUAGCUGCUCUAGUGCUAUGGCUUAUCUGGCCAACUUGAAGGUGGCGCACGGCAACAUCAGGCCAUCAAACCUCCUUCUUUGCACCAGCUUGGCACUGAGACUCUCCCCGUCCGGAGCUUUGUCGCCUGUGGCCCAUCGACACCAGGUGGAUGCUAAAAGCCUUGAUAGCUGCCUCUACUCUGCGCCCGAGAUGUUGAAGAAGCUAGAUGGGGAGACUCCAGCAGUUGAUGAGGAACUGUGCAUCAAAGCGGACGUUUUUGCACUGGGGCUGGUUCUAUGGUUUAUGUGCACAGGAGCCCGACCCUUGCAGCAUUUGGACAAUGACGGCAUGCACAAGCCGUCGGAUCACGUGGUCAAGGCUUUCAAGGAUGGGCGAAGACCUCGACCAAGAUUGGCAGAUGUUUCUCAGGGACUCCAAAUGCAGGAGCUCAUCCGAAAGGCCUGGAGCGAUGAGCCUGCAGAGCGCCCGAGCCCAGCCGAAAUGGUGGAGGAAUUGAAGAAGAUUCAGGCAUCGCCUGGGAGCCAAUGCUGCUGUACGAUGUGA